UCUUUUUAAUACUGUUACAGUUCCUGGGCAAUCGUUGCAGUUGGAUUGCUGGUUCUGGGUUUUAUUGCUCUGUUGGCUCGUGUUCUUGUCAAAAGAAAACCACCAAAAGACCCGCUGUUUUAUGUUUAUGCUGUAUUUGCCUUUACCAGUGUAGUGAAUCUAAUAAUUGGACUGGAACAGGAUGGAAUUAUUGAUGGAUUCAUGACUCAUUACUUGAGAGAGGGUGAACCCUAUCUGAACACUGCGUAUGGCCAUGUGAUCUGCUAUUGGGAUGGCUCCGUUCAUUACCUGAUGUAUCUGUUGAUGGUGGCAGCUAUUGCAUGGGAACAAAGCUAUAGAACAAUUGGCCUCUACUGGCUAGGUUCCAUUAUCAUGAGCAUCAUUGUCUUUAUGCCUGGAAACAUUGUGGGCAAAUACGGAACAAAAGUGUGUCCUGCUUUUUUCUUGAGUGUACCAUAUAUUUGCCUUCCCAUAUGGGCUGGGUUCCGAAUUUAUAACCAACCUUCGAGGUAUAGACAGAUGUUUGUAUCUCCUGAAGUGGUUCAGGAAGUCCAGAAGAAAGGACUCUUAAGACGACCAAUAGAUUUAAUGUUAGCUGCAUACCUCAUUCUAGCAACGGGGUUUUGCAUAUUUAGGGGCAUGAUUGCUCUGGAUUGCCCUGCGGAUCUCUGCCGGCUAUAUAUUCAACUUCACGAGCCUUAUAUAAAAGAUCCUGCUGCCUAUCCUAAGCUUCAGAUGCUGGCAUACAUGUUCUACUCUGUGCCAUACUAUGUGAUUGCUCUGUAUGGCCUACUGGUGCCUGGUUGUUCCUGGAUGCCCGAUUUAACCCUUAUACACGCUGGAGGACUAGCUCAGGCUCAGUUUUCCCAUAUUGGUGCUUCUCUUCAUGCUCGAACUCCUUACAUCUACAGAGUCCCCGAAGAAGCAAAACAGUAUUUUCUGAUAUUGAACAUAACGUACGGCAUCCUUCCCCAGCUGCUGGCUUACAGGUGUGUCAACAAGCCAGAGUUUUUUAUGAAAACAAAACAAGAAGAAAAAACGGAGUAGCACAACUGGUUUUAGCUCCUCUUUUUGGCGAUGUAUAUAGUUGGGUUGGGAUGUAACUGAACUGCUCGAACGGAACCCAGAUGAAGCGUGUAAGAUGUGUAAGAUUGCACAGUUGUGUAAAGUUGCAUGGUCUGUUUUGUUUCUCCUACUCAAAAAGGGAAAAUAAAGACAACUGCCUUCAGUACAGCUUCUCACCAUCUUGACUUUGCGCUGCAGUGGAGUUGCUAGUUUCCAUAGCUAUUUUUAAGUAAGCUGCUUUGACAGUUUUAGAAAUACUGCAUGAAGUUAAAUAAUAAUAAUGAUGUCAGUGUUUAGCCUCCGCACACUGAAAAACAUCAGUGCUAGCAGUGCUUAUACAGAGCUACUGUAGAAUGUGAAGGUCAGUAUUUUGAAGUGUCAAAAAUUAACAUACAUA